CCUUGUGAGGUAUCUAAAUGGAGAACCGUGCGGCAAGUUGUGGCGGAGCAGCAGGAUGGUGGGUGUAUGUACUAGUUCCCCUGAGUUAUAAUGGGCCUAACUUCUGUUUCUUAGAUAGCAUUCAAGCCGAUAAAAGUGAUAUUUGUGCAUGGAAGCAGUACUUGCCGAUUCUGGUUGCUGCUCUGGUUUGUGCAGCAAUCCUCUCCUGGCGGAGUACUGGUGGAUGUGCAUGGACCGGAAAAAAUAAUAAUAAGAAGAAGAUUCCAGGGCCUCGGGGAUGGCCCAUAAUCGGAAGUCUAAUGGAAAUGAGUGGUGGUCAUGCCCACCGUAAGCUCGCUCACUUGGCCGCUACUCACGAGGCAAAAAAGCUGAUGGCCUUCAGCUUGGGCUCAACCCCCGCAGUCAUAACAUCCGAUCCAGAAGUGGCCAGGGAGCUCUUGAGCUCUCCUCACUUCGCAGAUAGGCCUCUCAAACAAUCUGCCCAGCAGCUAAUGUUUGAGAGGGCGAUAGGCUUUGCACCCAAUGGCGACUACUGGAGGAUGCUCCGUAGGAUUUCAGCUGCUCAUCUUUUUAGCCCACGGAGAAUUGCAGCUCACGAAGGCGGCCGUCAGGCGGACAGUAUGAAAAUGCUAUCUGAUAUACGGAAUGAGUGCGCGUGCAAAGGCGCCGUCAGCCUCCGUCCACAUCUCCAAGCGGCGGCUCUCAAAAACAUAAUGGGAAGCGUGUUUGGUCUAAGGCUAGAUGGAGAGGAAGAAGGUAGAGAGGUGAGGGAAAUGGUGGAGGAGGGAUUUGAACUACUCGGGGCAUUUAAUUGGGCCGAUCAUCUUCCUUGGUUGCGACCGCUUGACCCUCUGCGAGUCCACGCCCGCUGCGCUCGACUCGUACCUCGCGUUAGGGCUUUUGUUCAAGGCAUCAUUAACCAACACCGACAGUCUGCUCUGCCAAGGGACACAGCCGAUUCAGAUUUCGUGGAUGUGCUGCUUUCGCUUCAAGGACAAGAUAAGCUCAACGACGACGACAUCAUCGCGGUUCUCUGGGAGAUGAUAUUCCGCGGCACAGACACAGUGGCUCUAGUUACCGAGUGGACCAUGGCGGAGUUGGUAUUGAAUGAAGAAAUACAAAGGAGAGCUCAGGCAGAGUUGGAGGCAGUGCUAGGGUGGGGUAGAAGUGUGCGGGAUGAGGAUAUAGCAAGGCUUCCAUACCUGCAAGCUGUUGUAAAAGAGAGUUUAAGAAUGCAUCCACCGGGACCUCUGCUUUCGUGGGCGCGUUUGUGCACGGAGGACGUUGACAUAGCAGGUGGGAUGCAUGUUCCGGCGGGGACGACGGCGAUGGUUAACAUGUGGUCCAUCACUCAUGACCCUGAGAUCUGGGAGUCGCCUCAUGAAUUCCGGCCGGAGAGAUUUCUUGAACAGAAAAUAGAUGUUCGGGGUAAUGACUUGAGGCUUGCACCCUUCGGUGCAGGUCGGCGAGUCUGUCCAGGAAAGGCUCUGGGCCUUACCACUGUUCAUCUCUGGGUGGCAAAACUACUCCACCGUUGCAAGUGGAUUCCUUCUCCUCAACACCCGGUAGAUCUCACCGAGGUUCUCAAGUUGUCCUCCCAAAUGGCCACACCCCUUACUGCGAUUCCCACAGUCAUUAAACCUUAUUGAGAUCUCCCAAUCAUAGGUUUUAAGGUCACUCUUUCAACAUAUUGCUUUUUUAUUGCUAAACUGUUAUAGAAUAGUCUAAAUGUAAUUUUCUUAAUAA